AUGGUUGUGAUCUUGGGCCCUUCGGUGCUGUUGACAGCUGCCCUGAUAAUCUCUGCUGUACAAUCCAGUGCAUUACCAAACACACUUCCUGAACGCGCAGCGUUAAAUGAGAUCGUCCAGCGCGCUGUAUCCGACUCGCCCAGCGGAGGCUACGCUCCAGGCCCAGUCGAUUGCCCAGACACCCCGCUGAUCCGUAGUGCAAGGGAUAUCUCCGAUGGCGAGCGCGAGUGGGUAGAUAAGCGCCAUACGGUCACAGAUCAGGCCUUGACCGAUUUCUUGAACCGUGCGUCCAUGGUUGAUUUCGAUGUGGGCAACUUCAUGUCAUCGUACUCGCCAACCAUUGGCAUCGCAUUUUCGGGCGGUGGCUACAGGGCGCUGCUAUCUGGUGGGGGUCAGUUCGCAGCGUUCGACAGCAGGACACCAGGGUCAACAGCAGCAGGACAUCUAGGAGGAUUGCUCCAGAGCUCAACUUAUGUGGCGGGUUUGUCAGGCGGGAGCUGGUUGUUGGGAAGUAUCGUUAUCAACAACUUCACCACGAUCCAGAGACUACAAGAAGACGGAAAUGUAUGGGAUUUCGAACAGAGCAUCUUGGCCCCCGAGGGAGCGCUGCAUAUUGUUGAUACAACCAAGUACUAUAAUGACUUGCAUGAUGAGGUCAUGGCCAAGCAGGAUGCGGGCUUCGAUGUUUCGUUGACGGAUUACUGGGCGCGGGCGCUGUCGAGACAAUUUGUGAACUGGACUAAUGGAGGUCCAGGCGUGACUUAUUCUUCAAUUGCAGAGAGUGACGACUUUGUAGCGGCGACGAUGCCGUUUCCGAUUAUUGUGGCCGAUGGAAGGAAUCCGGGAGAGUUAAUCAUUUCAAGCAACGCGACAGUUUAUGAGUAUAAUGUAUUUGAAUUUGGAUCAUUUGAUCCAACUUUAUAUGCAUUCACACAAAUGAGAUAUCUGGGAAGCAACGUGACCAAUGGUACCCCCGUUGAGGACAAUGUGUGCAUUAGGGGUUUCGACAAUGUUGGGUUCGUCAUGGGAACUUCAUCAUCUCUGUUUAACAUCAUCAUCGCGCAGCUUGAUAGCUUCGGCAUCACCGGUGUUUUCAAGGAACUCAUAGGGGCAGCACUCACACUUGUGUCAGAAUCGGAAAACGAUAUUGCAGACUACAGCCCGAACCCGUUUUACGAUGUCAACCCCGAAAUAAACCCUUCAGCCAGAACCCGUGAUUUGACUCUCGUUGAUGGUGGUCUUGACGGGCAGAACGUUCCUAUACACCCUCUAAUCCAACCACCACGCAAAGUUGACGUUAUCUUUGCUAUGGACAACUCGGCCGACACUAAUGAGCCCGAUGGUGAAUUGACCAACUGGCCCAAUGGUACUGCAAUUAUUGCAACAUACCAGAGGCAUUUGAAUGCCGAAAUGGCCAACGGAACAUUAUUUCCAGCCAUCCCAGACGUGAACACCUUCAUUUCGCUGGGCCUUAAUAACCGCCCCACUUUCUUUGGCUGCGAUGCUAGCAACAUCACAACCGACCCAGACAGAACCCCCCCGCCAUUGAUCGUAUACAUCCCCAACUCACCCUACUCGUUCAACUCCAAUACUUCCACCCAGAAAAUGGACUACACCCAACGCGAGCGUGACUAUAUGAUUGAGAACGGAUACAACGUUGCCACCCAGGGCAACGGAACAGUUGACGCGAGAUGGCAUGCAUGUGUUGGAUGCGCCAUCAUCCACAGACAGCAGGAGCGGACAGGCGCCACACAGACUGCACAGUGCCAGGAGUGUUUCCAGGAAUAUUGCUGGAACGGAACAAGGGCGACCACCGAGGCCCCCUCGUAUGAUCCGGCCGGACGGCUCACGAUAAAGAGCGCUGGGAACAGGAUGUCGGAGGUAUGGGAUAUGGGUAUGAUUAUCGCCGCGGCUGCUGCGACAACUGUGGGAAUAUUAGCGUAUUAA